ACUCGUAGUACAUACUGCUCCGCCGCCCUUCUCCCCCCUUUCGUCUCGCAUCCCACCUAUUCCCACCGCCACCGCCACCGCCACCGCCCCACCACCGGCCGCUUAGCGAGAGGGGACGGAGGGGGCGAAGAUGGUGGACGUGUCGCGCGUGCAGAAGGAGCUGACGGAGUGCAACCGGGACUCGGACAUCUCCGGCGUCUCCAUCGCGCUCCAUGACGGGGGCUCCAGCAUCACCCACCUCACCGGCACCAUCGCCGGGCCCCGCGACAGCCCCUACGAGGGCGGAACCUUCCGCAUCGACAUCCGCCUGCCAGGUGGCUAUCCCUUUGAGCCUCCUAAGAUGCAGUUCAUCACCAAAGUAUGGCACCCGAAUAUUAGCAGCCAAAAUGGAGCAAUUUGCUUGGACAUACUGAAAGAUCAGUGGAGCCCAGCCCUUACCUUGAAGACGGCAUUGCUAUCCCUUCAAGCUCUUCUUUCUGCUCCUGCCCCUGAUGAUCCUCAGGAUGCUGUUGUUGCACAACAGUAUCUGCGUGACAAGGCCACAUUUGUUAGUACUGCUCGCUAUUGGACCGAGGCGUUUGCAAAGAGCGACUCCACUGGCAUGGAAGAAAAGGUGCAGAAGCUGGUGGAGAUGGGCUUCCCCGAGGAUAUGGUGAGAAGCGCCCUGAAGAGCGUGAACGGCGACGAGAACAUGGCUCUCGAGAAGCUCUGCUCUGGCUGAAGGCCUUGUAUGGCCUAUAAGAAGUGUAAAUUGCGUGGCCAUUCAUUAUGGAAUAGCGAUCCUAGCUAAUGCUCCUGUUAUGCCAUUCCGGUUUGGCCCACAGGACGCAAUAUAUACAUAUAUAUAGUCGACUGAACGAAUCAUGGGACUGAACUGAAGAGUGCGUUAUCAUAACUAGGCAGACUGUCUUCCUUGCCUUUGUCA